GAUUUUAACCCCGACGUUAUUCUUUUUAUAACGUCGGCCCUGGAGUACUGGAGGAAGCUGCAGCCAUCGAUGAAGACUAUUACUAAGGCCAGCGCUUGUAUAAGAAAGGAGUACAGCAUCCUCUUCCUCUUUCUGGCUGUGGCUGUUUUAAUCCUUGUGCUACGUAACAUGGAGGUCCUGGAAACCACCAGCCAGUUUCAGCAUGAGGUGAACUCCACCAUCAUGGCCCCGAGAGUUUCCACUGACCCUGACGUGCAUCGGGGCUUCUGCACCUUCCAGCCACUGUCCCCUGAGGACGCUGUGGAGGAACGCCUCCUACUGGACUCCAUUGCUUGGCCUGAAACUCCACUAUUGCCAACUCCUCUUAUCCUGGAGCAGACCAGUGACCCAGCUCACAGCACCUUCACCAUUCUCCCAGGGAGGGGGGGGAGACAGUGGCACGUAGGGGAUCAGCUGGAGGUUAGGAUCAAUAUGUCUGAUUUCCAGGGCCGUCCCAAGAAGUCUGGGGGAGACUUGUUACUCGCCCGGCUGCACAACCAGAAGCUUGGUGCAGGUGUGGCUGGACAGGUGGUGGAUCAUCUGAAUGGCAGCUACUCUGCUGUAUUCUCUUUACUCUGGGAAGGAGACGCACAGGUUGAGGUGAUGCUGGCUCACCCUAGUGAGGCUAUCACAGUGCUGAAGAGGCUGAAGAAUGAAGAAGCUGACAGGAUAAGCCACAAGAGCCUCUUCCGCUCAGGCUCAAUCUCUGAAACUACCAUCUGUAAUGUCUGCCUACGUCCAACCCAGCAGCCGCUGUGCAACCACACUGACCUCCGUACAGGCGAGCCUUGGUUCUGCUACAAGCCGAAGAAACUGAGCUGUGACGCCAGGAUCGACCACGCUAAGGGAACAUACAACCAAACCUUUAAGGCCGGAGAGGAGAAGCUCUUUCAAAGUGGUGUCAACAUGAAAGUGUACAUACGGGCUUCAGGACCUGCCAGUGUCACCGUGUUGCCAAAAAAGGAAGGUCAACCAAAGAUGGAUAGCAGCAUUGUCAAGGUUGGACCAUCUGGCUAUUACUACCAGGGUGUUUGGCAAGCACUAGGUGGUACCACAGUUCGUCAAUUCAACGCAUCUGCUAUCAGUCAGUGUUUGAAAGGCAAGGUGGUCCACAUGUGUGGGGACUCCACCGUCAGGCAGUUUUUUGAAUUCCUCAACGCAGCACUACCAGGUCUUAAGGAGUUUGACCUGCACAGCCAGAGGCUAGCUGGACCUUUCAUGGCCUUGGACUAUGCAAACAACAUCUUGGUGAAAUUCCGCUUCCACGCUCCUCCUAUCCAGAGUCCUCCUGUCCUAACCAACAUGCUUCGUUACAUCGCCAAUGAAAUAGAUGACUUAAUCGGAGGCACUGACACUGUUGUAGUUUUUGGCAUCUGGGCUCACUUUGCCACUUACCCGAUGCAGAUCUACAUCCGGCGGCUGAAGAGCAUCCACAGGGCGGUGGUGCGGCUGCUGGACAGGGCUCCAGGGACGGUGGUCAUCAUCCGGACCGGGACCCCCAGAGACGUGACGCUAAUUUACAAUGACUGGCACUCGCUGCAGUGUUAUAAGGUGCUCAGAACCAUGUUCAAAGGACUGAACGUUCAUCUGAUCGAUGCCUGGGAGAUGGUCCUUGCCCACCACCUGCCGCACAACGUCCAUCCACCACCUCCCAUUGUUGGGAAUAUGAUUAACGUUCUUUUGUCCUACACGUGUCCUCAAAUGGGCGGCUAGAUGUGUGUUUGUUGGGGAAGAGAAGUGGUGAUUCAAGCACACGCUGAGUUUACAUCUUAUCUUUUGUUGCAAUUUUCUUUAUUUUGUAUCUGCAAAACCUGGGAAAUAUAAGUAAAAUCCAACUGUAAAAUCCACCUGUCCAAUCCAGCCCCAUAAAAUUUGAAGUGGGGAGUAUUUUUUAUUUAAAGUAUGUAUAUAUAAUGGUUGUUUGAACUUAAUGUGAAGUGUACUUAAUUUUAAUUACAUUGUGUGUUUUCUGUAACCUAACAGUCGGCUGCAGUAACUUUAGCAGCAGGCUUACGAAAAUAAUGUGUAGUUUGAGUUGGCUUUUGUUUCAUAUCUACUUCAGUGAUUUACAUUAGUUCAGUUUAUGUUUGCACAGAGAAUGACCGACAGGCAACGUUGUUUUUCCUAGGUGACUCGCAACACAUACAGGGUAAAUUUAUGUCCAAAACAUUACGUAUCCUUGUGCUAUUGUAAGUGGGUAUAUGGACAUUCUCGACCUUUCCUAUAUGGUGUAUACCUGCGUAUCACGUACACUACACCACUCAACAAAAUGCAGAUACCCUUAAAGGGCAACUAUUACAGUAUAUAGUAUUUUCAGGAUAAUACUUGUAGUUUGUGUUUCUACUUUUUCUCAUACUGCCAAUGGCAAUGGCACCUGUAUUCACCCUCUGUAUGAGCGCAUAAACAUGACAAUAAAGUUAAAUCUAAUGAAUCCGUCUCU